AUGGAGCAUGAGCAGUCUCGUAGACUGGGGAAACAGCGGAGGAAACGCUGCGUAAUAUUGAUUGUCAUUGUUGCCCUUAUUGUUAUUGUAAUCAUCGCCGUGGUGCUGGGACUGACUCUCCGUCAGAAAAAAAGUGAAUUUGAAUCUACAUUUUUUUCUAGGUGUGAGAAGUUCAAUCAAUAUGACUGUAAAAAGGUAUGGGAUGCCUUUGAGCAGGCCUAUGUGAACAAGGAUCCAUGUAACGUUCCAGUGGAAGCUUAUGAUCCCCUCAUUGCUGAAGUCCCCUUCAAACUAGACUGCAACAAAACGAUGUUCUGGAGCAAAACAAAGGAUGUGGUCCAUGGUUUCACUGCAAAGAGAUCGGAUUGUUUUGUCACUUUGGAGGACACUCUUUUGGGAUCUGUCCUGGAUGGUCUGACCUGGUGUGGAAAAGAAGGCAGCAAGGGUACCUUCACUACUGGGUGCCCCAAAUGGUCAGAGUGUGUAAACAACCCUGUUCGCUCAUUUUGGAAUCGUGCCUCUGCUGCUUUUGCAGAUGUUGCCUGUGGUGAUGUCACGGCAAUGCUAAGUGGAUCCAUCAACACGCCAUUCAAUCCUACAAGUGCUUUUGCAAGCGUUGAGGUGCCGAGGUUUAAUGCCUCUAGGGUCAAGAACCUGAAUGUUGUUAUGGUCAUACAGAAGAACAACAUAUCAAACUGUACAGAUCCAUCCUUGAAGAAUUUGACGCAAACUCUAGAUACAGGGAUAACAUUCAGCUGCAAAGACGUGUCUGAAUCUCGGAUUCAGGAAUGUGGUGCCAAGCCAGAGAUAGCGUGUGGAGCCUGCUGGUGA